AUGAUUUUAAUAAUUUCCUUAUUAAGAGUAUGCUUAAGUUCUCAUUUUCAUAUUCCAGAUCAAACAAAAUAAAUACACUAUUUUAAUUGGAAUGAUGAUUUUUUAGGAUUAGGAAUAUUAACUAAAUAUUGUCCUUUGGGAGUAAGUAAAUAUCAGUAUGAAAAAUAAAAUGAUUAUUACUAUUACUUUUUAUAAAGUGCUUACUUUAGAAAUAAUAAUGAAUUUCUUUAUUUGAUGUAUUUAGAAAUUCAAAAUGAAGAAAAAUAAUUUAUAUUUCAUGUUUAAUUUAAUUUAGAAGGUAAAUGGAUUGAAUGCAUUUUUUCAUUUUAGGCAAGAGUUGUUGAAGGUUUUUGGCUUAAAACAGUCAUUUAUCAUUAAACAGAAAAUUAAUUAUUAAUUAUAGAAUAAUUAUGGGGAAGUGAUUAACGAUAAUAAUUUAAAUUUCCUUCUAGUUAUUAACCAAAUACUCAAGUAAUUUUAAUUUCUGGAGGAUUCUAUUAAGUAAUAAAAUAUAUCUUAUUUAGGAUAUUAAUCCAAUCACAAAUUAGAAUAUUUUAUUAAAAUAAUUUCCAGGUUAAAUGAAAGCAGUAAAUUUAUUGUAAGAAGAAUUAAAAAAACCUUGGGCAUAUUUAAGUAAUGAAAAAAGUUCAACUGUUAUAGUAUUAUAGAAAGAGAAUAUUAAUUUAGAAGAAAAAAGUACAAACUUAUUUUAUACUAUAUCUACAAUUACUGAAAAUUAUUAUAAAGUUUCUUUUUGGGCAAAAGCAUAAACAUUAUAUGAUAAAAGCUUUAAUUAAUUGAUACAUAUAAUACGAAUAGUGGCAAAUAGAUAUACUCAAGACUUUUAGGCAACAGGAUCUAAUUCUUUUGUAUUGGAAUAUGUCUUUGAUAGAUAAAUACAAUAAUGGAAGUUAAGGAUUAAUUUUUAUUCUUAUAUAAUUCCUAUUUUAGUAAUUUAAAUUCCAGAUUAAAGUUUAUUAAUAACUACUGAUGAAUUAUUAAUAGAGGAUUAUUAAUAUAUUAACACUUGGCAUUUUAUAUCUAUUGAAUAUUCACCAAAUAAUAUGAAUUUUAAUUUUAAUAAUCUUUAAUUUAAUUAUUAAAUUAAUAAACUUUAUAAAGAUGUUUAUCAAUAUUCAUUAAUAUAUUAUAGAAUAUUUUUAGGUGGAUCUAUAAUGGAUACAAAUACAUUAGCAAGAUCAUUUUCUUUAAUAUCCUUUUAUGAUUAUAAUUCAUAAUAUUUAAAAUGCCAUUUCUCAUGCUAAACUUGUUUUGGUCCAUUAUAUAAUCAUUGUUUAAGUUGUCCUCCUAAUUCAAAUAGAAUUUAUAAUUAAUUAGACUUCACUUGUUAAUGUUAGUUAUGGUAUAAAGAAGUUACUGGUUAAAGUUGUAAUUUAGUAUCUAAUAAUGAAAUCACAUUAACUUUAGUAGAUAAUGAUGAAAUCGAAACUAUAAACUGUCUCUUAGGAGAAUUUGAAUAUAAUGGAGAUUGCUAUAAAUGGUAAUACUUAUCUAUAUAUAUAUAUUUUUAGUCCUUUAGCGGGUUAAGAUCAUUAGAUUAUAUGUUCAGCUUGUUUAAUGAGACCAACAGAUUGGAUCUAAUAUCCAUUAUGUUUAGAUAUAUAUUAUCAAUAUUAAAAUAAUCCAAAUAAUCAAUAUGUAUAAUUAAUUACACAUGAAGAAUUAUCAAAUUAAUAUUAUAUAUUCUAAAAUGAUGAACUUUAACCAUGUCAAGGUUGUAAAUUAUGUUAAAAUAAAGAUGAUAAUACAUGUCAUUUAUCAUCCUAUACUCAUUUAAAUAUGCAAACUUAUAUUUAGUGUUUAAAAGGAUAUUAUUUCAGUAAUGGAUUAUGUAUUAAAUAAAAUAAGAAUCUAGAUACAUAAAUUACAUCAUGUGAUAAUAAUUGUGUUAAAUGCAAUAAUAAUUAAUGUUUAAUUUGUUCAGAUUAAAAUAAUUUCUUUUUAAAUUAUAUGGGAUAAUGUUAACUAUGUACUAUUAAUAAUUGUUAAUAUUGUUUCUAAUUUAAUCUAUUAAAUUUAAAUGAAAAUUCAAUCACAAGAAAUGGAUUUUAAAAUACAUUAGUAACUGAUGAUUUCGAAAUUGGUUGUGCAUUAUGUUAAAUAGGAUAUAUUUAUUCAUUUCUAACUAAAUUAUGUCAUCCUUCAUAUAUUGAUUAUGGUUGUUAGCAUUAUAUUAAUUUAAAUGAUGAAAUUCAAUGUUAUUCAACUCAAUUUGACAAAUUAACUACUAAAUUACAAUAAAUUGAUAAUUGUUAAAACAAUUUAUCUUAUUGUGAUUAAUGUAUCUAUUCUAAAUUUGGUAUGUUAAUAUGUAUUAAAUGUUCUUAUGGUUUUUUUAUAAAUAAAGAAAAUGGAUAAUGCAAUAAAUGUUCAAAUCUUAUAGAUGAUCACAUUUAACAUUGUCAACUUAUAGAUACAACUAAUUCAAUUUAUAAAUUAUCUUUAUAAGGCUUUCUCUAAUUUUAAACAUAAUAAUUAAAUGAUUUAACUACUAUUUAUAAUGAUUUUAAUAAUGUUUAAAUUAUUGAAUGCUAAUAAAAUUAUAUAUUAGAUUAAAUUUAAAACUAAUGUGUUGCUUCAUGUACUUUUUGUGAUCAAUGUGCCUUUAUAAAUGGAUAAAAACAAUGUCUUAAAUGUAUUUCAUCAUAUGUUUAGAUGAAUUAUUAUUAUUCUCAAAAAUUAGGAAAUUGUCAUCAAUGUCAAUAACUAUGUAAAUUUUGUUUACAAAUAGAUAUUGAUCUUAUUUAAGUAUUAUUUCAUUAUAAAUUAGAAAUAUAAUCCUUAUUUUAUUAUUACAGAAAAAAGUAUUAAUUAAGCUAAGAAAUGUCUAAUUAAUUUUGAUUAAAAUUUAACCUACAUUGAUUCAAGAAGUGGUUAACUAUAUCCAUUUAAUAAUCUUACUAAUAAAUAACAAUAUUUUUCAGCUAAUUAUACUGAAAAAAGCCCAACAACCUUGUAAAUUAAUGAGGAUAUCAUUUAGAAAAGCGCUAGAAAAAUUAAUUAAAGUGUUAAUGCAGCUGAAAAUCAUUACUCAUAUUUGCAUAACCACUAUUCUUUGUCUGAUUCUAUAGUUUAUUUAGAUGAUAAAUUUGUAACUACUGAAUAACAUUUUCAUAUCUUUAAUGUAACAGAGGUAAGAGCAUACUAAGUUAACUUUUAAAAAUUAUUAUAUUAUUAUGAUCUUCAAUCAUUUUAUGGAGUAAAACUUUAUGUUGAAAAUUGUACAAUCCAAUAAAGAUUACUUUAAUAAUUAUUUAUUAUUAACUAACCCCUUAUUGUUAAUCUCACUCUAUUUAUCAUAAAAGAUAUAAAUUUUUAACAAUCCUCAAUUAUUACUGUAAAUAGUUUUUUCAAAAAUUCAACUAUAAUUGUACAACAUUUUCUCUUUUAAAAUACAUCUUUUUCUAAUAGUUUCUUUAUAAAACAUUUAACAGAUAACUAAGAUAGUGUUUAUUUUAGUAAUAUAACUUUUACUAAUUGCUCUUUCAAAGAAAGCAUAUGGUUUUAUUAAAAAGGAACAACCAAUAUUAAUAUUGUAUAAUUAAGAAGUAUAAAAUUCAUAAAUUGCACUUUUAUAGACAGUCUUGCUAUUCAAAUAACUGAGAACAUUGAUUCCUUUUCUAUCAAUGAUCUUUAAGUUAUAAAUUGUUCAUUUUUUAAUUCAUCAUUAAUAAAAGGUUUCUCAAAUCUUAAAAUAAAUUAAAUAUUUUUAAAUAAUUUAAGUGUAAUACAAAGUAAUUUAUUCAUUUAUUCAUUUGCUAACAGUAACUAAACUGUAUUAUUCACUUAAUUAGUUUCUUAAGGUCUUUUAUUUAAUAAAUCAUCCAUUUUUUUUGUUGAAAACAGAUUUAAAUAUUUAUAAAUAGAAGUUAUCAUAAGUGAUUGGAAUUUAGAGAAUAUUAAUUUUUUAUCUACUUAAGGAUAUAUUAGCGAUAGUUUCAUUUUCAUAAUAUCUAAUGUGAAUAUUAAAUUAAAAGAUCUUAUAAUAGAAAAAAGCAUAUUAUUUUCAUUACUACUUUUUCAGAAUUGUCAAGCAAUAGUAAUAAACAAUAUAUAAAUCUCUUAAAAAGAAAAAAAAGAAUUAAAUAUAUAUAAUCUAGAUACCUAAUUUUAAACCAAUUAUUUAAUGUAUUUUUCAGAAUUUAUUUAUUUAACUAUUAAUAAUUUGAAAAUAAUAGGUUGGGUUUAAACAAUUGAUUCAGUUUUAAUUAUUAGAUCUAAUUCUUAUGUUUCAAAAUAUAUAGAAAUAUCUGAAUUGAUAAUUAAUGAUUACUCAAGUUAUAAUAUUCUAAAUUAAAUAAAUUCAAUAAUCUUUAUUCAAAUGAAUGCUGAAACAAGAAUUAAUAUAUCUAAAAGCUAAUUUAAAAAAUGCAAUUUUUGGUAUAGAUAACCAAAUACUGAUAUGAUGUAAGCAGCAUUAAUAAGAAUUAAAUCUCCAAAAUCUUAAGUUAUUCUUGAUAAUUUAAUUUUUAAUAUUGCAAAUAUUUAUAAUUCUUUGGAAUCUAUAAUUUUUAUUGAUGCCAAAUAAAUUUCAAUGCUUACUAGUUAAGUUUUAGAUAUAAAUAAUGAGUUGAUCAAUGAUCAAUUAAAAUCUGCUUGUGGAUUUGCAAUUUUUCUGGCAGAAUACAUUGAUAUAAUAAAUACAAUAAUGAUUAAUAUUAAUAGUGCAUAAUAUGGUUUUAUUUACAAUUAAUUGAAGUUAAAAGGAAAUUUUUACGUUGAAAAUUGUACUUUCAAUAAUUAUAAAAUGACAAACAAUAAUUUAUACUUUUCAUAAUUAGGAGGAAUAUUUACAGUAGACGGAAAAUUCUCGAUGAUAAAUCUAAAUUUUAUAAAUAUUACAGUAUUAAACAUUUAUACUACAGAAAAAGCUGCCUUUUUAUAUUUAAUUCCAUCUUCUCUCACUAAUUAGANGUAACUAAACUGUAUUAUUCACUUAAUUAGUUUCUUAAGGUCUUUUAUUUAAUAAAUCAUCCAUUUUUUUUGUUGAAAACAGAUUUAAAUAUUUAUAAAUAGAAGUUAUCAUAAGUGAUUGGAAUUUAGAGAAUAUUAAUUUUUUAUCUACUUAAGGAUAUAUUAGCGAUAGUUUCAUUUUCAUAAUAUCUAAUGUGAAUAUUAAAUUAAAAGAUCUUAUAAUAGAAAAAAGCAUAUUAUUUUCAUUACUACUUUUUCAGAAUUGUCAAGCAAUAGUAAUAAACAAUAUAUAAAUCUCUUAAAAAGAAAAAAAAGAAUUAAAUAUAUAUAAUCUAGAUACCUAAUUUUAAACCAAUUAUUUAAUGUAUUUUUCAGAAUUUAUUUAUUUAACUAUUAAUAAUUUGAAAAUAAUAGGUUGGGUUUAAACAAUUGAUUCAGUUUUAAUUAUUAGAUCUAAUUCUUAUGUUUCAAAAUAUAUAGAAAUAUCUGAAUUGAUAAUUAAUGAUUACUCAAGUUAUAAUAUUCUAAAUUAAAUAAAUUCAAUAAUCUUUAUUCAAAUGAAUGCUGAAACAAGAAUUAAUAUAUCUAAAAGCUAAUUUAAAAAAUGCAAUUUUUGGUAUAGAUAACCAAAUACUGAUAUGAUGUAAGCAGCAUUAAUAAGAAUUAAAUCUCCAAAAUCUUAAGUUAUUCUUGAUAAUUUAAUUUUUAAUAUUGCAAAUAUUUAUAAUUCUUUGGAAUCUAUAAUUUUUAUUGAUGCCAAAUAAAUUUCAAUGCUUACUAGUUAAGUUUUAGAUAUAAAUAAUGAGUUGAUCAAUGAUCAAUUAAAAUCUGCUUGUGGAUUUGCAAUUUUUCUGGCAGAAUACAUUGAUAUAAUAAAUACAAUAAUGAUUAAUAUUAAUAGUGCAUAAUAUGGUUUUAUUUACAAUUAAUUGAAGUUAAAAGGAAAUUUUUACGUUGAAAAUUGUACUUUCAAUAAUUAUAAAAUGACAAACAAUAAUUUAUACUUUUCAUAAUUAGGAGGAAUAUUUACAGUAGACGGAAAAUUCUCGAUGAUAAAUCUAAAUUUUAUAAAUAUUACAGUAUUAAACAUUUAUACUACAGAAAAAGCUGCCUUUUUAUAUUUAAUUCCAUCUUCUCUCACUAAUUAGAUAAAUGUUUAUAAUUUAACUCUUAAAAAUGUAUUUUCAGCAGAUAAUCUAUUUUGUAAAUUAUAAUUUCCUAAUCACAGUUCAAAUAAUAAAAUUGUAAUGGAAAAAAUUAUAAUUAAUAAUAGUUAAAAUAGCUCCUUUGUCUAAAGAUUAACUGAAAACAUGAAAGUUUUACAGAGUGAAAAUAAUUAUGAAGGACUUAUAUCAAUUGCAUUCAGGUAAAUUAAAUUUAUUAACAAUAGUUCCGUUUUGAUUAAUGAUUUUACUUAUGAAGGUUAUUUAUCUUAACCUAUCUGUAAACUAAAUGUGAUAAAUAAAUUAAGAAUUAGUAAUUUAAAAUUUAUAUCCCUGUCUAUUUUAAAUCAAAUACCAUAUUUUAUUAACAUUGAUAUAUAAAGUGGAGAUUAAGUAGCUAUUCAAAAUUUAUAUUUCGAGAAAAUACAUUUCGAUAAAUUAGAAUAUUUUUUUAAACUUAAUUACGAUUCCCUUAAAAAUACUAUCGAAUCAAAAUCAAUUUAUUUUAAAGAAAUUAUUUGUUCUUAAUGUUAAAAUGGCUUAAUGACGAUAAUUAAUAAUUAGUCUAAAUUUUAAAUAAAAGUGAUUGAAUUUAUAUUUAUUGAAAAUAACUGUGGUUUAAAUAGCUGUUUAAUUUUAUAAAAUCUUAAAUUAUAAAUUAAAGAUUCUUUUUUUUUGAAUAACUUUGCUCAAAAAAAUGGGAUAAUAUUUGGAAUAAAAAGUGAUAUAUAUUUAUAAAACAGUAUAUUAAAAUAGAAUAAAAUAGUAGAUUUUGUAGGGGCUAUAUUUUUAAAUGAAUCUAUUUUAGAUGCUUAAAAUUUAAUUAUUGUUAAUAAUUCAGCUAGAAUUGUAGGAGCAAUUUAUAAUGAAAAUUCUAUUUUGAAUUUAAGAAUGUCAAAAAGAAGAAAUAUUAUGUUCUUAGAGAAUUACGCAUAAUCUGGAUUGGAUAAUAUUCACGAAAAGGCUUCUUAUUUACAAUUAAAUAUGUUUGGUCUUCCCAUUAAAAAUACAAGAUAAAUUUAAGAUGAUUAAAUUAUUGAUAGUCCAUCUUAUGUAAUGAAUCAUAGAUAAAUGAGAACAAACAAUACUUUCAUAUAAGUGGCAAGUGGUUAAUAGUUAAAUGAAUUUAAAGAGUUUGAUAAAAUUUAAAUGAAAUAUUCUAAUUAUACUUUAUAAAUAGAAAUAGAAGAACAUAAUUAAUUAGGAGAGAAAAUUAUUGAUAAUUAUGGAGGAAAAUGUUAAAUGACUGAAUAUCAAGUGAAUUCUGAAUUAAAUUAAAGUAAUUUUGAAAUUAUCUAAUAAUCAUAAAUAGACAAAAUAUCUUUUUUAUAUUUUGAUAAAAUAUAAGAAUCAUAUAAAUUGGAUAAUAUAAGUUUUAAUUUGGAUCCUUAUUCAAAUUAAUCUAUAUUUUUGUUGAUUUUAAUUAAAUGUGAAGGAAUGUCUCAAAAUUAUAAUUUUAUAUUUAAAAUAAAAACAAAACAAUGUUAAAUAGGAGAAUAUUACAAUAAAAAUUAGUGUUUAAGAUGUGAUUCAGAAAAAGGAUAUUAUUCUGUUGAAAAGAAUUCAUUUGAAUGUUAAAGAUUAGAUCCAACUAAAAUGAAGAAUGUAACAUCAUAUUAAAUUGAAGUACUUUAGGGAUUUUGGAGAUAUUCUACAUAUUCACAUUAUAUUGAAUAGUGUGAUAAUUUCAAUAAUUGUUUAGGAGGAUGGAAUGUGGACUUUGAUUCUUGUACUGUAGGAUAUAUAGGAGCUUUAUGCAAUGAAUGCGAUAUUUAUAAUAUUAGAGGUCAUUCUUCUUUUAUCAAAUCUUUAUCAGGUUUUUGUGAAUUGAAAGAGUAACAGUAAGAAAUUUAUAUUAUUACUUUAAUUUUAAUGCUACUGUAAUUUUUUAAUAUAUUUUAGAACAUUUAUUAUAACAUAUUUUAUAUCUGUCCUUAAAACUGAAAUGCAUUUUCUGUAUAAAAAAAUGAAAUACAUUACAAUUCAUCAUAAAAUAUUAUUUAGAUGUGAAAUAGGUAAUAAUUUAUUUAUUUUAACAGAUUAAUUGAAUACAAGUUUAAAACUGUUAAUUAAUUUUAUGUAAAUUUUAUAUCCAAUAUUACCACCAUUAAAUUUUAGUGAUAAUUUUCCUGCUAUUGCAUGGCCAAUAGGAAAAUCAUCAAAAACAUUAUUAUUUUUAAUCAAUUUUGUGGCUGAUGAUUUUGAGAUUGAAAUUCAUUAUUUAAAAAUGGUUUGGGCAGUUAUUAUUCCAAUAAUGUAAAUUAGUACUUUAAUAUUUGUUUAUACAUCAAUAAAUAGAGUUAUCAAAAACACUAAUAUUAAAUUAAUAUUUAUUUAGUCUUCUUGUAUUUUUUUGAUGUUUUAUUCUAUGCCAAAUAUUAUGGAAGAGUAACUUUAAUUUAUUAUUUAUUUAGAUUAAUUCUUGUUAUUUCAAGAAGAAAUAUAGUUAAUAUGAAUUGGAUUGGGGCUAAUUUAUCAUAUAUCUAUUACACUGAUGAACAUUAAACUUGGAUAUUUAAAUUCAUAGUCCCAUCUUUAAUUUUAAUAUAUUUUUUAAUCCCUUUAAUAAUCUUUGCUAUUAUCUAUUAAAAACAUUAAUAGUCUAAUUUUGAUUUAUCUUAAGGCAUUUAUGGAUAUUUAUGUAGUGAUUUUAAAUUAUAAUUCUAUUUUUGGGAAUUAGUGAAUUUGUAAAUGAAAUUAACAUUAAUUUUUAUACUAUUUUUUCUAGAUAAUGAUAAAAUUAUACUUAAAAAUCUAAUUGUAAUAGUAAUAUUAUUUUUAUAUUAUGGUGCAAUAGCAUACUUAAAACCAUAUUUAAAAAUAAAUUUAAACCGUUUAGAAAAAUCAGGUAUCAUUUUAUGCUGUGCAUGUAUUGCAUUAAAUAUUUUAAGACUUGCAUCAAAUAAAUAUUCUUAUUCUGAAGUAUUAUUAUUGACUGAAAUCUUAAUGUUAUUAAUAGUUUUAUAAAUACUCUUUUAUACACUAUUUAAAAUAAUUGCAGCAUUUAUUAAUAAAAAUUAAGAGCUAUUUGAUAAAAUAAGAAAGAAAAUUAAUUCAAGAUUUCCAAAUUUUAUUAAAUAUGGAAAGUUUUUUGAAGAAAACUUAAAAAUUAAAACUGAAAUUAGAAAAAAAACUCUCUAUAAAUUUCAGUUAGCAAGAUUACUUUUAAAAAGAUUAAAAUAAAAUAACAAUAAAAGUACUAAGAUUACUGUAAAUCCCCAUGAAAAUUUAUUGAGCAAUAUUAUACGUUCUGAUACAAAGCCAUUAAUACCACAAUUUACCAUUCAUAACUCAAUGAUUUAUUGA